AAUAUCCCUGAUUGUGCUAUGUAUUAAAGAAAGUUUCAGCUAGGAGAGUGACUGAACCCCACGCCUCACUCUCCCUCCCAUCUUUAAUUCUCCACCAAAAUAAAACAUCAUGUCGGCCGCAACUCGAUGAUCAAGAACCACCACCCAAUAGGAAUUCAUAAAAUCUCAUCUUGAGAGCUAGAUCCAACGAGCAAGACGUACACUUUUCUCUUCCAUUGAAGCGCAUAUGUAAUCAAAGGCAAGGGAAAGACAGUGAUCAGUGGAUUAUCCAGUAAGCAUGAUCAUCCCAAUUAUUCCACUCCUUCCACCAUUACAUAUUAACUGCCACUCCCCAUUCAGCACUCACUACUCUACCAUCCUCAAAUGUGUGCUUUCCCUCCACCUUCUCCAUUUCUUAAUCUCCAACUCUCCCACUUGUCUCUCUCUGAUCUAUGGCUGGAACUCAAGCCCCCAACCUUAGUCCCACCAUGAGUACGAGCUGUGAUGAUCACGAUAUUCACCCUCAAGAACCGGGCAUGAAUUUCAACAUUAUGGUCAUUGUUGCAGUCAUUCUGUGCGCCUUUGUUUGCGCUUUAGGCCUCAACACCACGCUACAGUGCGUGUUUCAAUGCGCAAAUCGUGCCUUGACCGAGCCAGUCCAGUGGAUAGCCUCUCGGAGACUGAACUCGGGGCUGAAGAAGAAAGAAAUGGUGGCUUUGCCAACUUCGACUUACGCCAAUUCAGGGUCUCCAUCUUCGGCUUCGUGUUGUGCAAUCUGCCUAGUGGAUUUCGCGGACGGGGAGAAGAUAAGGGUGCUGCCAAAGUGCAGCCACCGGUUUCACGUCGCAUGCAUUGAUAAGUGGCUCCUCUCUCACUCUUCUUGCCCUACUUGCCGCCAUCGCCUCAAAUCCAGCGACUGCAUGCCCCAUCUACAGAUUGUCAUCGCCUAGUGAAUAUACAUAUAUAUUUAUAUAUAUGUACAUAUAGAUAUAGAAAUAGAUACGUAUAUCAUUCUUUUUGCCAUACAGUUCUAAUUAGCUAGGGAGAUCGUCUCAGCGGCCUUCUGUAUUAGCUAAUAUCUAGGAUCGUGGUGUUGAAACCCGCCUAUGGUGUGAUGUUUGUUUUAUGCAAUUCCAUGAAAUUAUCAGAGUAGGCCUUGUGAUUAUUUAUUUAUUUA